GAGAUAAUGAAGCAUCUGGGUAACGUUAUAGGAUCCUGAAGCCAGUCGCCGCCACAAGGGAUCGGGACGCACAGAGUCGAGUGUUCGCGUCGCCCUUGUCUCCGCGUGAGGGCAUCGGAACCCUCGGCGGGGAUGUAAACAAUCCCCUCGCGGCGCCUAUACCUGACACCUCCGAGCCCUGCCACCUCAGCUGUGUUUGUUUUGCCAUCCCUCUCGCUCCCUCCAGGCUGCAUGGCGUUGGUGGGCGGCGCCCCCCGCGGCCCCAGCGUGGUGGCCUAGAGACGCCCCGCGGCGCCGCGCCUCGCCAGCAGAGGCUAAAAGGUCACCCCCUUUUACAAGCUGUGACUUAAAGUCCAUCAAACUGAGGUAGAAAAUAGUUAUAAGCUUGAACCUUCAACCAUGACUGCCUCAACGAUUGAUGGAAAAGCUGCCAAGAUGUUGGAUGCCUUGCAGAGUGACCUUAAAGCUUUAUGCAUGGAAACCAAGAAGAGAUAUCCACAUAUCAAAGAUUCAUGUGAAGAAGCCAUCAUAAAGGUGCGAGGGGCAUCUAUGAACCCUCAGUCGUCCCUCUCCCAGAUCACCUCCCAAGUUCUCUACCCUCUAGUGCAAGCAGCAGAGACGAAGGACCACAAGGUUGUCAAGCUGUCUCUGACCUUGAUGCAGCGCUUGAUAGUGGCAGACGUGGUUGAUGCCAGCAGUGGAGAGCAUGUUGUGGAGACGCUGUGGAUGUUGAUGGAGGCAGGGAUUGAGGAGCUGAAGGUCCUGCAGACUGUAACGCUGCUCCUCACCACCAGCUGUGUCAUCCAGGGCCCAACUUUGGCUAAGGCGCUUGUUCUUUGUUUCCGUCUACACUUUACAAAGGAUGCAACUGUUGUCAACACUGCCAGUGCCACGGUGCGCCAGCUGGUCAGUGUUGUGUUUGAAAGGGUUGUCGCAGAAGAUGCCAAGUAUUUCAAGGAGGAAAGCAGUACAGAGGAAGAGGUUGAUGAACAUAUCAACCUGGAGGAGCUCAAGGUUCUUAGCGCCAACUCUCCCAAGACCUUGCAUCCAGCCGCUGCCGAUGCUUACCUGAUGUUCCAGGACUUGGUGCAGCUGGUGAAUGCAGACCAACCCUUGUGGCUUCUUGGCCUCACGGAAAUGACGAGAACCUUUGGCCUGGAGCUUUUGGAAUCCGUCCUCACCACAUUCCCGACUGUGUUUUACAAUCAUCCUGAGUUCAACUUCCUACUGAAGGACCGAGUGUGUGCUUUGGUGAUCAAGCUGUUCUCUCCCAACAUCAAGUACCGCACCUCAGUGCCCGCCAGCAUGCAGCAGGCAACACCCCUCGACAAACCCUAUUUCCCUAUAGCAAUGAGGCUGCUGCGUGUGGUGUCAGUACUGAUUCAGAAAUAUUACCCACUUUUGGUCACACAGUGCGAGAUAUUUCUGUCCCUUAUGGUAAAGUUCCUGGAUGGGGACAGACCGAUGUGGCAGCGUGGCCUGGCCUUGGAAGUCCUCCACAAGCUGGCAACCCAACCCAACCUCCUACAGUCAUUUUGUACAAACUAUGACAUGAAACCACAUGCCACAAAGAUUUUUCAGGACAUCGUUAACAGUCUUGGGGCAUUCGUGCAGUCGCUCUUCACGUCUCCACAAUCCAGUGCUACUUCCCAGCUGAGUGGCAACAGUCCAGGCGGGGGGCAGGGCCAGUCUCCUGCUCUCUUGGCUGGCAUGCCCGUGGGUCCUGGGGUGUCACCUCAACCAGCGUUUUUCUACAGGGGCGUCUAUCUUCCUCUCUGUGUCAGCAUUCCCACAGGCCAGGCAAAGUCUUCAUACCUGGAGAUGCUGGACAAGCUGGAGCCUCCCACCAUCCCUGACGGCUAUGGUGUGAGUGUGGCCUACUACUGCCUCCUUGACAUCAUCCGCUCCAUCCACCUGGUUAUGAUGGGCCCCAAUGCCACAGCGGAAGGCCAAGCAGGAGCCAAUGAACAGUAUGAUCCUAGUGAAGAGGACCGUAAGAUCCACGAACAGCUGGUCAACUCUGCGUGGUGUGGCUUGCUGGCAGCCCUCACCAUCCUGCUGGAGGCGUGCACAGAUGAGGCUGCCACAGAGAAUAUACUCAAAGCCAUACAGACUUUUGCUAGCCUGGCUGGCAAGCUGGAGCUCACAACCCCGCGUGAUGCCUUCAUCACUGCCCUCUGCAAGUCCUGCCUCCCACCUCACUACACACUGACGGUGCUCAACAAUGCCAGUGUUGCUGCGGCAGCCUCGUCGUCAUCUGUGUCUCGGGGCCAUCAGCGUUCUCCCAGCACUGAGUCCCAACACCAGUAUUAUGACUCUGAGGUUCGUCACCAAGUUGUGGCCGUGGGGACAGCCUUGGCUACACCCUCCCUUCCUGUGGGAGCCCAGCAGGGCCCUGUAAUGCUGACUAACAAGAAUCUACAGUGCAUGAGAGCAACUCUGUCCAUGGCUCACUGCCACGGAGGUGUCCUUGGGGCUGCCUGGCACCUCCUGCUCACCACCCUGCAGCACCUGGUGUGGAUCCUGGGCCUCAAGCCAUCCACUGGAGGAAGCUUGAAAGCUGGCCGCAGCACUGCUGAGACAAACGCUGUGAUCACAACAGCUGUCAUUGCUGAUCUGCCAGUCCUGUCGUCAAUGCUCAGUCGCCUAUUUGAGUCGUCGCAGCACCUCAAUGACGUGGCUCUCCAUCACCUCAUUGAUGCACUCUGCCAGCUGUCCCGGGAGUCCAUGGAGCUGGCCUACACCAACAGGGAGCCUUCUCUCUUUGCUGUGGCCAAACUGCUUGAGACAGGUGUGGUAAAUCUUGGCCGUGUGGAGGUCCUGUGGAGACCCGUGACCAACCAUCUGCUGGAUGUGUGCCAACACCCACACGUGCGCAUGAGGGAGUGGGGUGUGGAGGCCGUCACUUACCUGGUCAAGGCCGCACUCACACAUAAGCACAACCCACCUCUCAAAGACAACCAGAAGCUGCAAACUCUCCUGCUCUCGCCACUCUCUGAAGUCUCGCUGGUCGGCCACCCGGAUGUACGACAAAAGCAGCUCGAGUCCCUGCUGCACAUCCUCCAUUCUUGCGGAGAGCUGCUGCAUCAUGGCUGGCCUCUCAUCCUCAACAUUAUCGGAGCCAUCAGUGACAAUCAUAGCGAACACCUCGUGCGUCUGGCCUUCCAGUGUCUGCAGCUGGUGGUGACGGACUUCCUGCCCCUCAUGCCCUGGGGUUGUCUGCCUCUCACGGUGGACACUGCCGCCAAAUUUGGUUCCCAGACUCAAGAGCUUAAUAUCUCGUUGACGGCCAUUGGCUUGAUGUGGAACAUCUCCGACUACUUUUACCAGAAUCAAGAGAAGUUGCGAGUCUCCCUCACCUCUGAUAACCAGGUGUUCCCAGACUUCCCAGGGGUCCCCAACAUGCCUCCCUUUGAUAAGCUGUGGAUGUGCCUCUAUGCCCGGCUCGGUGAUUUAUGCGUUGACUCACGUCCUGCGGUACGAAAGUCGGCAGGUCAGACCCUUUUCUCAACGAUUGCAGCUCAUGGCGCUCUGCUACACAACCAGACGUGGCAGGCCGUCCUGUGGCAGGUGCUGUUCCCUCUUUUGGAUAAAGUGCGACAGUUGUCAGACUCUGCCAGCACUGACAAGGUGGACCAAGGUGGAAACAUCCUCAUCCACCACUCACGCAACACCCACCAGAAACAAUGGGCGGAAACUCAGGUGCUGACUUUAUCAGGAGUUGCACGAGUGUUCAGCACCAAGCAAAAGAUCCUGCAGGGCCUGGGUGACUUCCCCCGGGCGUGGGCACUCCUGCUUGACUUCAUCCACACUGCUGCCCUCUCUAAAAGCAAUGAGGUGUCUUUAGCUGCUCUUAAAUCACUGCAAGAGAUGCUUCAGGCGGGUCGUUCAUCCACGUCAUCCACCUCAGGUUUGCCCGAAGACUCCAGUUCUCCGUCGCAUCUAAACUCUCCAAUACCCGAAGACUCCAUCGCAAACUGGAACACUGCUUGGAAGGUGUGGCACACUAUAGGGAGUGAGGUGACCAAGCCGCCUCCCGAUGAGGUGACUCGGGGUUCAGACGCCUAUAUACCCUCCCAGCCAUUCCUCACUGCGCUAGUCCACAUCUUUCCGCACCUUUUUCUCCACAUUAAGCAUCGUUUCGUGGUGAGUGACUUUACAAGAUUGGCCUCGGUGCUCCUGGGCUGCGUGUCAGUGCCGGUGCAUGGAGACUCCUCACCCUUCAUCCUGCCGUCCUUCACAGAGGUGGUCGUCACGCCUCUCCAGGAAGGUGUACUGCAAGCCCUGGUGGUGGUGGAAAAGGAGAUAACUGAGGGGAACGGAGCAGCCCGGUCCAUGGUGCCACAGCUGUUCUCGCUCCUGCUGCAGUUUUCAUCAUAUAGUUGUCAGGCUCCAAGCUAUGGCAAUGUUCUCACCAGACCUCACUCAUCAAAGGGCUCAACUGACUGGGUGACGAUGAACUUUGUGCCGUUUGCCGAGAGGUCAAUGUCCAUGGUGGUGUCUCUGUACCAGAAAACUUCAGACUGGCAGGAGGUCAUCGAGGCACAUGUCCUUAAGAACAUCAUUCAGGCCACCAUCACUCCUCUGCGGCUCAAGUACCAGUGCCCGGCCCAGACCACAUGGAAGCUGGUCAUCACCACCUUGCUGACCGUGCUGCAGGAAGGCCUCCAGCUGGCACGGGAACACUCCACACACUUCAAGGAUAUGUGGCCGGUCCUGGGGAUGGCUCUGGAUAGCUUCCUCUUCUCCAACAGCCCCCCACCAGCCAACCAAAGUAGUGAAGAUGCAGAGCGAGAUGAAGGCAUCGACUGUCAAGUGGUUGAGUUGAUUAGGGAGGAAAUUCUUCCCUAUGCUUCCUCUACACCCAGCGACUUCAUUGUGUCCAUCAUGGUGCUUCUCAAUAAAGGCUCUAUAGAGUCCGCCUCUGGUGUAGACUCUGAUUGCGAAGGCUUCAAACUGAGAGAAGAAUUUGCAAAAACAUGCUUCGAGACUCUCCUUCAGUUUUCUCUUCUCACCCCAUCAGAUCUUGAUUCAACUCUUGAUAACUCUGAGAAAGGGUCAUCCAAAAAGACCUUAGAGACAAGUAAUGGUUUCACAGCACCGGACUCCACCUGCAGUGCCUUGGCCCCUUCUGACUCCACGCAGGUCACCACCAAGCUGGCUGUCACGUCUCUCCUCCACAGAUUCAGGGAAGUUCUGGUGAAGUAUGUGGAUGAUGAAAAGCUGAGUGGAAAAUGUCCAUUACCAAGGCAUCGCAUCGCUGAAAUUAGCUUUGUCUUGAAGGCCAUUGCCACGUUGCUGUCAUCACUAAAGAAGGUACCGGCAGGGAAGGUGGACAGCAUGACAUGGACACAGCUGAUUGGCCUGUACCCUCAUCUGGUAGAGGUCGGGGGUGCCAGCAGUACAGGCUCUCCCCAGCUGUGGCGUUCUCUCAGGGAAGUCCUCCUGCAGUAUGCUCAGCUGCUCCACCCUCCAUCACCUGCAGCAGAUGAGGCCCCUGAUGCCAACGACAACACUCACCUCAGCCUUGUCAAUGGGACGUGAGUAGGUCAGAAAUUAGUGCAGUUGAUUGUCUUUCAGAGGACUUGUGUUGAAAUGCUGUGUAGAAAAGGCAAAAUGCAUAUAUUCCUUAGAACUCCUUUUUUUCAUCUUCAUUGUUAAUACCAGUGUCAUGUUAUUAUUGUCCUACUCUUUGCUCCAGCUGUGAACUAAUAAUUGUAUUGAGAGCAAUGUUUUCUGAAGGUUUGUACUUUCAACAUUAUUGCCAGCAGUAUAUAUUUUAUUAUUCAUGUGUGAAGGGAAUAGAAACCAAAUUGACUUUCUUACCUUUGUGGUUAUUAAGCCCUUUAUUAUGUAUCUGCAUGUGGCGGUUUUGUUUUCUGCGUCAGUUGUCGUGUGAGGCGUGUGUCGUCUCGCCAUCUUUGGUAGUGUGCAGAGAUUGCUCUUCAGUGGAGUACAAAUUUUACUUAUCUAUAAAUUUCUUUUUUUUGUUCUUGUUAAAAAUUAUAACUUUUAUUGAUCAUACCCAGCUUGUUUUGAUAUAGUGCUUUGUUUGAUAUUUUGUUUGUUGAAACUGCUUUUGUUGAU